UAUUUCUCCAUUUUUCUGCUAGAAUCAUGGAUUCUGAGCAGCUCAGAGACGCAGAAUGUAUCCUUGACUUGAAGACAGGGAAGGGAGUGUCUCUGGCGGAGGCGGAAGAUGAACAGUGGCUAGUCCAGUCUGGUGAACAUGUGGAGUUCAGAGACAACAGCCGAGUGUUUGUGGAGAAGUCCGGGGAAGGCGUCCUGUUUGGGCUGAAGAAGGAGAAAGGGGAGUGGUUGGUUUGUCCCUGGAGUGCAGAUGAGCCCUGUCUGCUGGAUGACCUUGAACUUGUCCAGCCUACCAAACUUCAGAACGGUAACACUAUAAAAUGUGGUUCAUUUUUCUACCGCUAUCGAUCCAAAGAGCCCAAAAAGAAGAAGAAAAGUCCAGGAAGUCCAAAUGAAAAUCUUCCAAAGAUGCCUCCCCCAAAGCCAAAGAGGACAUUUGAGUACCAAAGGCCAAAAGAAGAAGCAGAAGACAGUGCUUCAAAGUUAAAGACAGAGAUGUCACUACCGUUGCACUCACUGGAAGAGGAGUCCUCUCUGUCUUCAGAAUGGUGUGUCCUGUCUGAAGACGACCAGCUGUUUGCACAGUUAAAGACACCAGAACAGGUGUCAAGCUUAUCAGCAUCCUACACCAGCCGUCAGCUCCUGUUGUAUUGUGAUUCUGAACUUGGAGCAGUGGAGGUGGAUACAAUCUUCAAAAUGUUUCAGGAAAUAGCCAGCCAAGAUGACUCGGCAUUUCGCGACUUCAUUACUGAGUAUCGACAGGAGGAGAAAGCAAUGGGUGGAGAGAGUCAUGCCAUCUUUGCUCCUUUGAUAAAACUAAUGGUGCAAUUGCUCCAAUACUCACUGGACCCUGUUGAAAGUAAUGUAAUGUGGCUGAGAAUUCUGGCAAUACUUUGUCGCAUCCCUCAGAACAGUGAAAUCUUCAUCCAGUGCCAUGCUGCAGCGACGGUGAUGGGGACAAUGGCGGCACACUGUGCAGUGGAGAUGGUUCAGCUCCACUGCUGUAGGAUACUGGCAAUGUUGGCACAGUACAGACCGCUGCCAAACCAGAAGGCUCCAGUACGAGAGAGCGGUGUUGAUCUGUUAACUCGUGCCAUGCACAAUUUUAAAGAGAAGCCUGCAGUAGUCAAAAUGGCAGCUCAGGCUGUGGCGAAUGUAGCAGCUUCACAAACAUCUUUGGUUCAGGGACUAAUGAAAAACAAGAAAACGCGACACUUGACCCAGUCUGAGAUUGACAAGCAUGUAGCAGUGUUGGAACAUAUUGCCCAGUACUCCAUUCCAGUGGUGAAACACAUGAUGGAAUAUCACCACAAAGACAUUGGCAUAGUCACUGAAGGGAAACGUCUGCUCAACUUUUUUGUUGCUGCCUCAGAAAGUGAAGAAGAUCAGUCACAAGCUAGUGAAAAUACACCAGACAUUAAGGUGGACAACACGUCCCCACUUCCAGUGUCACCUCCUUCCAGAGGAAUCCUGAAGAAAUUUCCCUCCAUGGACCAAAUGAACAAGAAAGUUUCAUUUGCAGACGACACAUUUGGCGGAUCAAUAACAACCACAGAUGGAGAAUCGUUUUUUGAUGAAUUGCAUUACCAUGGCGAUAUCAGUGGAUCUGAUAGUUUCUCUUCGUCAGGAAAACACGAUGGAAAUCUGCUAUCCACCUUAUCUCAGUCACAGCCAAACAUUCCAACUGACACACAUUCCAAGGCAGAUAUUUCAUGUGACGUAAGCACAAAGAGUGCCAGUGGUGACACCUAUGGUCCAGAUGACACCACAGGUCAGAGUUCACAUUGUAACCAAGGUUACACAGCAGCAGACUAUGAUGAUGUCAUCAUUACAGGGGAUAAGGUGACAGUACAGAGUUCAUCGGAUAACAAAGGUGAUACUCCCACUGUGUGUGAUGACACUCAAACUACAGGGGACACAGUGAAUGUGAAAAAUGCAAUUACAGGUCAGGAAUCUGCUGCAGACAUUUACGACAAUGCAGUGACAUUGCCAGGUAAUUCUGUUUCUCAGGACUCUACUUCUAGCAAUGGAACCCCCCAAAAGGCAUCAGAAAGUGAGAGACCUGAUUUUCAGCAUUUGUCUUCCAAUGACUAUGUUUACGAUGAUGUGGCAUCUCUACUUUUUGGAACAGGUGAUAUUGUGUCACUUGAUUUGGACUCGGGCACAGGUCAGGACACACCGAAAGCACAAACCCAAGAUAUCCCAUCAGCUUCUUGUAAGAAAGUUCCCAAUGAUAGCAGCCAUCUAGACAAAUCUGACCCAUCUCAGGAAAUCAAAAGUGAUAAUGCCAAUAUAUCAACGCAAAAAAUAUCCAGCUUGACAGCAGAGGAAAAUAUUGACAAUGAAAAUAAAUCUUUGCUGACAAAGGAUUCUUUUGACACUGAUAGAGUAGCAAAAACUGUAGAGUCUACAGAAGUCAUUGAUGAAUGUACAAUAAGUAAUAAUACUAGUGCUACUUGCAAGGACUCAAGAAGUCCUGAAAACCUCAGUGACGGUUGCCUUACAGCUAAUGUGGAUGUAAAGGAAGGGAAAUUGACUACAGAAAUUGAUGGCUCUCAAGAUGCAAAUGUAGGAAAUGAUAAUAAGCUUGCCAAUCCUGUCAGUGACUUUGUUGGAGAAGAAGUAAAAUUAGACUGCAAAUCCACUGAAGAUGAAACCAUAGUUGAGAAUGCUUCAGUGGCUGAAUUGCAUACUAACAGAUUGGAUAUUGCUCAAGCUGGCAGUGCAGACAGUGGUCAAGCCACCAAGGUUGGGGAUGCUGGAGAGGUGGUCAGUCAGAAUGUAACAGACACAAUAUCAGAUCUAUGUUCUGUGUUACCGGAGAAUAUUAAAGAAAAGAACAUUGUUGAUCAAAGUGUGAAAAUGUCAGAUUCUGAGAACUUAUCUUUGAACUCAACACAAUUACAGACUCUGAGUAAAAACACUGGACGCAUGGAAGAACUGUCAGAUUUGAGGCAGCCACAGGGAAAUUCUUGGCUAUCAGAAAACACUGAACCAGAGCAGAGAGAGACUGUAUCACCAAGGCCAAAACCAAGACUAAAAGAUCAGCCUAAAACUGAACAACAAUAUCCAGCACAGCCUCCAUCAAUUUUAAGAAUAUCUGACCAACAGGAGUCUGGAAACAAGGAUUCAGAAUUACCAGAGCAAAGUCCUUCAGAAUUUGAUCUUCAGACAGCAAAACAGGCAAAAUCGCCUAGACCUCUUGAUAGAAAACAAGCAUCAAAUGCAGUUAGUCCAAGGAUCAAGUCAACUAAUUUGGAAACAAAGCUUAGAAGAAGGGAGGGAGUAAAAAAGAGUCUUCAAAAACAUGGCGGUUCACCUAGACUUUCAUUACCGCAAGUAAAUCAUACAUCUGAGGUUGCAAGUGGAACUGCUGUUAUCGGUAAUGAAACAAGUGUUGACCAAGAUAAGAAAAAGGGUAACGUAGGAAAUUCUAAGGCACCUAUAGUAUCGAGUGCCAAAUCCGGUGCUGAAACUCUUGAGGCCAAUCACAAAGAACAUGCAGAUCAUCGCAGAAAAAAUGAAAAUACUGAUAAAGACAAGCACAGAGAAAGUGUAAGUAAAGGAAACUUCACCCUUAUUUUAGCAAACAAAGAACUACAUACAAAUAGUGCCAUUGUGAAUACUGCCAAAGAAAACAAAGAAACUAAAGAAUCUAUAUCUGGAGGGGUGAAGAUGAGUGAGGAGACCAAAUAUGCUCCUGAGAAGGAACAGUAUGGUGUUAUGUCUGUCAGUGCCGUUUCUCCAGGAGGAAAAGUGGUUCAAUAUGCCAAAUUCAAAGAAUUUCAAAUGCACCAGUGGGUCAGACGGUUCUCCUCUGAGAAAAACAUACAUAUCCACGAAACAGAGCUGGAAAAUCAGGUGAAACAUUCUAAGUCUGCCGAGGAAAUUAGGGACCUAGAGGACCAGGAUUCAAAAUCGAGAAAAAUGUGGGGCAGCGUUCACCUGCCAGAUGUUGACACUCUUUUAUCAACGAGCUCCAUGACUGAGUCUAUCGAACUUCCGCGAAGUGAUGUCACCCCGCCAGAGGCUCCCUCCUGGGUUCAGAAACUUGUCCCCGAUUUUGACACUAGUGACCUUGGCGAGUGCGUUAGUGAGGACGAUAACAUGACCAGCAGCAGACGCAUGUGGGGGAGCAUACAUGAGCCUCACGUGGACACCCUUUUAGCCAAAAAAGACGCCACGACACCCAUAGAAGAUACACACCAUGUCAGUGACCUCAUCCCCCAAGAAGAAAAACCUUCUGAAACUGAAAACCAACAGCCUGAAAAUACUCAGCCAUUGAAACCCAUAGAAAAAAACAAGGCAGAUUUAACUGUAAAAAAUUCCAGGAUUAAACGAAGUAAACCUGUUAUUGGGAAGAAACCUGUGGUGGAGAAAGUGGACAGAACUUUCCAGAUAAUUCCACUUGUUAAUGUCACCAUGAAGGUCACAGAACAGAAGCCGCUGUACGAACUGGAAGAAUCCACAGAAGAUACUUUGAGUAAUGAUCAUGAGAAAAUGUGCCAGAUUUUAGCGCUGAGAACUCUGAUCCUCAACCACAUCUUCACCCUUUGGAAAGAGAAGAAGCCCAUCUCCUCCCUAAGUUUACUGGACAAGCCACUGACCGAGGUCCUGUCAGAGGUCAAGGGGUCACCCUACCUAUUGGACUGUAUCACAAGGGGAAAGGACCCCAGGUAUUUGGAAGGGAAGAUCCUGAAAGACGUGGACCCAGCCAUUGUGGUGAACAUCAUUGAAGCUGCUACUAGCAAGACAUCAAGAGUAAAACCAGCCAUGAAACUGCUGGAGAAGCUGGAGACACUAUUGGAGCCAGUUCAGCUGAGUCCACACCUGGAGACGGCUUGUCUGUGUCUACAACAUCUGCUCAAUGGACCUGUCACUGAAGCUUUAAAGACAAAUGGCACCGUGGCACAAAAUCUCCACAAGAGACUGAACGUACUGUUGUUUUCUAAAGAUGUGGCAGAGAAAUGUAAAAUGAUCAUACGAGAUGUUGUUUGUUCCCUCAGACAGUAUCAGCUAGCUUGACACAGGUCUUUGACCUUUUUAAGUUUUUUUUUUGAAGUUUGUCAUGCAAGGCACAUAUGGGUAUGUGAUCAUAAUGGAUUUUGUGGUACUGUAUAAGGGUAUGCAAAGAAAAUUAAAAAAAAAACAUUUUCGGGGUUGAGGUUUUUCGACUAUUGGCAGAUUUCCAACUUCUUGGGAGCCAAAAAUAUCAUUGACCUGGGUGGCUCCCUGGACCCCCGGCCAUAUUUUCAUUUUUUUCUACUAAAUGGAAGUCUCAUCCCUGAUUUUACAUUUGUGAUUGACAUGGUGAACUUAAAUCAAAUGCUGCUUGAGUUAAGACACGUGGGCAUGCAUGGAAAUUAAACAAUGAAGAAGUUGGCACUUAUCAAAUCUGAAAUUGAUCUGAGUAGAAUCACAUCUAAUUAUGGACAAAAGUUUGCAACUCUGCAGUUUGUGAAGUCUGUUUGUGUAUCAUGUGUGCCCAUUGGGGAUAGAUAAUAUAAAAGUUGCUGACAAGACAUGAACGUAUAAUAAUAUCACUGUGUGUACAUAUGCAUGAACUAUGUACAUUGUACUGUACGCUAAUUCAAAACAGGCUUGGUUAAGAAACUGAAAAAUUUGAGGUAAGCAGCUUUAAAGAUUUUAUGUGACUUGGUCAAUUAAAGGUCUCAGUAGUUUCUUCAAAGACUUGAGUUUCAACUUAAGUUGUUUGGUGUCGCAGGCUAUCCAGCAUUAUUUCCAAAUUAUAGGACCCUAUUUUAUACUAAAUCUAACACAAAUGGUGCUUUUUAGGGAUUAUUCACUGGGUAUUAUGGACAGCAUUACUAUUAAAACUUACAAUAUACAUAAAUGCACGUAUGCACAUUGUUUCUGUUUCCCAGAAGAACCUCGGCCUAGAAAUUGGGCCACAUUUUCAGAACCUGAUUUUAGUCUUUGACUUACUGCUAUGACACGAGAUAAAUCAGUUGUAGUCAAGUUAGAAAAAAUAUUGUGCCCGUUUUAUAACAUGGAAAACUUCACUAUUUUAGACCACAGGCAGUAGUAAAUUAUUUGGGUGAACCACCAUCAUGGAAUCAGCAUCAGCCAAUCAAAAUAAUUGUUACAUGCAUUCCUUGCAAUUUUGCUUACCAGAAGAAAAUGCAAUUUUUGAGCAGGGUUAGUAAUUUCAUCAAUGAAAAAAAAAAACAUACUUUGGAUAAUUUUGUUACAUUUGAUGUAAUUCAGGUACAGGUUAUUUAGAAAAAGAGUUUGUGAUAUGUAAGACUGUCACCCUCAAAGAAAAAAAGCAACGAUUUAUCCCUUUGAAUUGAUUUUCACAAGUUUGUAUUAUAGUGUAUUCAACAUUUGAUAUUUACUAUAGGUGCUGUUAAUCUUGCAACUUACAACAAUAUUGUGAUUAGAUGAAUGUUAAGUUUUACUUAAUCAUGUGUAAUUAUUAUAACAAACUAUGGUGCUUUAAAAUUAUAAUUGACUGUAUUUUGUAUCCCUCUUUUCUUCACUGUGAUGAACUUUUUUUGCCAGCAUGAAAACUGACUGCUUUAUUCAGUAUUUGUCAAGAAAAAUAUAAAUGAUGUGAUGUGAUAAGUGCUUGCUUUAAUUAUAAACAAUUUAGUUGAGGAUGAUAACAUACACUGUCUGCCUUAGAAGAUAGGUUCUUAGUAAGCAGUGAUAUGCAAUUAUUAAUAUUAUAGCUUUUAAAUUAAUGUAUUGGUGGUAUUUAUGUGCCCAGGCAACAAAAACUGUGCUUAGAAUUGUAUAGUAUUUUAUA